AGCACGGCACGCGCUUUGAUGAAUGACCAAGAAGAGGCCGGGCUACGCUACAAGCUCUCAGAACUCUCUACAAGCAGAUUCUGGAAAAGGGCGAAGAAGUUGAUCUCUCUCUAUUUGUCACUGGUUACCCCGAGUCCUUCAACAAAACCACCACCGAUUGUGAUCAGAGCACUUUUCAUUAUCUCUGGAGUGGCUAUAAACCCCCAGUGAUUGGUGUCCACCUUACAGCCCACCUUCGCGCUGAACUGAAUAUGCUGGUCUCUCAGCUCAACAAUAUAAUUAUAGCUGCCAUUCAAAUUGCUAAUACUGAAGCUGGGUCCACGAGAGUCUACUACGUGGAUGUGCAAAGCAGAUUUGACUCGCACCGCUGGUGUGAACAAGGCAUUCAUGAGCCUGACUCGAGCGCUCCGAAAACUUACAUCUUUUCAAGCGGCUGGAAUGAUCUCCUCUUGAUGGUGGUGAUACUGUGACUUCGUCAGAUGCGAGUGAUAUCUCCUAUCUUGAGCAAAAUGGUAUUGAUCUGCCGGACCCGUCCAAUUGCGAAACCGCGCUCGAUUCAGAUCCAGAUCCAUGGCAGAAAUGGCUUUGCCUGGUUCCAAUCGCUAUCAACCAAGAGCCGGACAGUCGAUAGCAUGGUCAUAUGGAAACGCGACUCAGGCCAUCCAAGAUGGAAAUUUCAACGCGCAGCAUAUUUCUGACUGGUAUUCUACCUAUAAAAUCAAGGCUUUCUAACCACGAAGUCCGGGAUGGGACUAUACCGUGAUGCAAUCCUGGAGAAAUCGAUGCAACAAACCUAAAUCUGCAGCUGGGAGGGAG